GGUUUGGCCCGCCCCGCGGGCGGGGUGGCACGGGGGCAACAUGGAGGGCGCGGUGUCGGAUCUGGUCGUGUGUAACCUGGCGUUUGCGGGGCACCUCGAGGAGCUGCGGGCGCUGCUGCUCCGCGACAAGGCCCAGGCCACGCGGGCCGACCAGGAUCACCGCACCGCGCUGCACUGGGCCUGCUCGGCGGGACACACAAACGUCUCAGACCUCCUUCUCGGGCUCGGCGUGCCUGUGAACGAUAAGGACGAUGCUGGUUGGACUCCUUUGCACAUUGCUGCUUCAGCAGGCCGUGAUGAAAUUGUGAAAGCCCUUAUUGCUAAGGGUGCUCAUGUAAAUGCUGUCAAUCAGAAUGGCUGCACACCCCUGCAUUAUGCAGCCUCCAAAAAUAAGCAGGAGAUUGCAAUCAUGCUUUUGGAGAAUGGAGCAGAUCCGGAUGCAACAGAUCAUUUUGAAUCCACCCCAUUACACAGAGCAGCAGCCAAAGGAAACCUAAAAAUGGUACAGAUCCUUGUGCAGCACAAUGCAACUGUGGAUAUACGGGACUCAGAAGGGAAUACUCCUCUGCACUGCUGAAAAUUUGAUUGGGGAGCAGCUGAAGGUAAGAGUUCUGUGUUCAUUCUUCAUCUCUGUAUAGCAAAAAACUGCUGCUCUGUAGCUUUGUAAAUCUACUUCCUUAGGAGAUGGUGACUUGAAUGUUGGUAUAAUAUUGGGUGUCCGUAUUAAUAAUCCCUGUUCCCUAUGGGAAGAUAAAUGGGCCAUGCAGCAAAGACUGUUGGAACAUCUAAAGCAAAUUCUGAAAAAUGUUUCUGCAUCCUGCAUAGCUCUGCAGGGUUUUAGAGCUACACACCUGUGGAUCAGUAGCUAAUUUGACUUGUGCUUUGCCAAGAGUAUCAGUGGGAAGCUAGGAACAGUGUCCAAUCCUUUUUAAUAAACUUUAGAUAGACUCUGUAAUGAGAAAAAACAUCUGCCAGAAGGCUUACAGAAAACACCGCACUAUGGUAAGAAACUCCAAAUACAUGUUAUUUUCCUUACCUCCUUACUCCCAGCAGCCUGUUUUACUUCUUAUUUUGCAUUUUUACUACCAUUAUUCACUGGCAGUUAGAAGUAUGAGAGGAACCAUUAGUCAAGAAUAUGGUCAAUAGUUCCUUUCUUUUAUAUAAAAACUUUAACAUAACGAGCAAUUUCUACUUUUUGAACAAAUACAAAACCUGUGGUGUUCUAGGAAGACUGUACUAUCUAUAGAAGUAUCUGACAACUUCACCAGCAUAAGCUCCUAUCUUACUGUAGCAAGUUGUAAGGAAAACAAGCAGAUAAAUGUGUGUGAGAUGAAGGAAAGAUUAGAAGAAAUAUAACCACAUAGUACAGUCCACUCUUCAAUCACAACAGUGCUGUUGCAGAGAUGUGGAAGUUGGAAAGGUAUAGCAGUAAGAGCAGUGUGACAACGUGUACAUGCAGGAAGUGGCUUUAGAAGAACUAAUACAGCUGUAAUGGUGACAUGAAGACAUUCAGGUUUUCCUAUGAAGGGCAAGAGUAAAACAAUGCUUAGGAAUGUCAGAAAUUAUUUAAAAUUAUUGCUGCUGUCAGCCAAGCCUUUGGACCAAUAAUUGAUUUGAAUUACAUCAUCAGGAAACACUUUCAGUAAGAAAUAGGACCCAAAGAACAUCAGGUAGUACUUACUGUUCCCUUGCUUCUGAGUGUAUUUAAUGUCAUCAUCCUGCAAGUUUACAUAAAUUGGCUGUCAGUAUCAGGUUUUCUCAGUAAGCUGCUUAACUUGGAUGGCAGGAUGUGAGUUAGGAACUUGGCCUGGCACGGUUGUCACAAGUCAGUAAGACCUGCCUGAUUAAGGAUACUUCUGUAAAGAUCCCAGUUUGAGAUUUACCCUGGAUAUUUUGGGGAGAAAGGAUUCACUGCUACAGCGUGGCAGUGUUGGUAUUAGCAAGGGUGUGACCCUCAGAGUCUGGCACAAACAGUUGUCAGCUAAGAUAGUAUUAGAAGAACACCAUUAAUGUUCUUUUACUCUGGAAUGAAGCUAAAUAUUUUGAUAGGACACACCUAUCAAAGAAAAAUAUUUGAAAGUCAGAAAACUGAGGAAAGAGCAAUAAAUACAGUUAUGCUUGAAGAUCCAAAAUAAAUCUCUAAUUUAUCUUUUUUCUUCCCUUUUUUUUUUUUUUUUUUUUUUUAAAUUCACAAUCUUGAUAAACAUGCUGAGAGCUGUAGGAACUGAACCUGAAAAUUUUAGCCCAUAAAUCUUAAAGAUAAAUGUUGCAUAUAACUAAUGUUUUAGUCCAGGAACAGUCACCAAAGGAUUUAUGAAUAUUAGAUCCUACAAAAGACUUAAGUACCAAAUCCUCCAGAUCCCUGAGCCAGAUAUGUUUUCCUGCAGUGCCUGAGACUGAAACCAGUGUCUGCCUGUGUCAGCAGGGCUGUGGGUCUGUAUUUGCCUAAGCCCCAUGGUCCUUGAGCUUUUAUGAAAGUACUAUAUUUGCCUUUUUGAAAAACUGAGUUUGUGUAACCUUAGAAAUAAAGCCCAGGGAGAAGGGUUGUCUAGUGACCCAGGUGUGUAUGGUUCAAUUCCUUUUCUUGUAAGAGGGUGCUCAUUACUCAAUUGCUGGCUGCUGGUGCACCAGCAAUUGAGUAAUGUUUGCACCACUUACCUUCUUUCUUGACUCUUUCUACUCUAAAAGAUAGAUUGUUACACUGGGAUAAGGGACUAGAAGAAAAGUAGCAUGAGUUGCUUAACGGGUAGGACUAGCGUGGCAAGAGAUUUAAAUCAUCUCAGGCAGCAAUCAAAACUCAUGAGCUGUAUAGAAGGCAGUAUCACUCCUAAGUUUUGAAAGCAGCUAUAUCUGUGUGUCAUGAGGAAUGUGUUGCUGUGCAUGCUUAUUGGAACAAGUCCUGCAAAGAAUUUAGGUCUCCAGCUUCUAUUAUGUGGAACAUUCAUUUGUAUCUGAGCUGGGUUCCCAAAUACCAGUUCAAUUAAACAGAAAACCAGAAUUGCUGAAACAGCUCUGGAAUGCUGGAGCUCUUGGGAACUUUAGACCAAGAAAGUCACUGUUAACAGAAUGUUUUCAAUGUCAGGCAGCAAAGAGAUAACAUUUUCCAGGAUUUUUGUUUGUUUGGUUUUGGUUUUUUUUACCUUAAGUGGAAUUCAGAUGCACAAGAUUUUCUUGACACAGGUCUUAACAUCUGUUUCAGCACCCUGAUGACAUUAAUGUAACUUCUUUUUACUUCUGAGGUGCAAAAUGACUUCUUUGAAACACUGCAAUGUACUGGCCAUGAUUAUUGUUCUGGUGCACAUGAAGCAGGUUGGCUAACACUGUUUCUGGAGAAAGCUGCUGUGGUUCUGAACUGUGUGGACACACAGUGUUAUUGAUAGUAAUGUAGACUGGUAAGUAGGUAGUAGGUAGACUGGAAAGCUCACACUUUGACAAAUGCUUCAGCCCAUUUCCUAAUUGGUUUUGCAAAAUAGGUUGGAUAAAUGUAGAUGAUACUCUUUUUAUACUUAAAUUUUUGUACAGUAUAAUGAGCUAAUAAAAUAAAUUUGGUUUGCUUUAAA